AUGGCGAAGAAAUACGCUUAUUUUUGUCUUUUUACUCCCAUUUUUACACUUGCUCAGUUACAAACAUUCAUGCCUCCCGGGCAAAAUGGAAUCACCUAUACUGUUAAUAUACCCCAAGCCACCGCGUCCUCAGGCUCCGGGCCGAUUUUCUUCCAACUCAAGUCCACAAACGAGCUUCAGUGGUUUGCUUGGGGCCAGGGCUCUCGAAUGCAAGGAGCAAAUAUAUUCAUUGUGUAUGCAUCUAGCGACGGCAAUAAUGUUACCGUCUCCCCACGACUAGGGGUGGAGCAUGUUAUGCCACUAUAUAACUCUAAAGCUCAAUUAUCAGUAUUGAAUGGCAGUGGGAUCAGUAAUGGAGUUGUGACCGCAAACAUCCGAUGCGAUAGCUGUAUCACAUGGCCCGGUGGAAGUGAAGAUCUGAGUAGCUCGUCGAGUACAUGGGUUUGGGCAGUGAAAUAUGGGAGUCCACUCAACACGAACAGCUUAGCAGCAUCUAUCAACAUACAUGACGUCGAGGGGAUUGCAGCUAUAGACCUUCAACAAGCAACAGGUGGCACGUCUGAUAACCCGUUUGCAACCUCGAACAAUAUAAACUCCUCAAGCUCGUCGCAUCCGAUUUCGACUGUUGGUACUGGAUCGCUUGAAAAACGCAGGAAGGCCCAUGCUAUUAUUAUGAUACUGGUCUUUGUUAUAUUUUUCCCUUCAUUUGCUCUGAUGCUUCAUAUUAUUCCAUAUUCGAAGAUUGUCUAUGUCCAUGCUUCGUUUCAGCUUUUUACUCUUGCUUUGGCCAUUGCCGGGUUUGGAAUUGGGAUCUCAAUGGCAAGAAGCCUUGGUUUCAUACGAAUGUAUCAUCCAAUUAUCGGGAUGGUGACCGUCCCAUGCCUUAUCCUUUUUCAGCCCGCGAUGGGCUUUCUUCAACACAGGUAUUUUCACAAAACUGGAGGCAAGAGUGUAUUUGCUUACCUACAUCGGUGGCUUGGUCGCUGUCUUAUAAUUCUUGGCGUUAUUAACGCUGGUCUAGGUUUUCGCCUAACAGGUGUCGGCCUUUCGAUCGCUCCUCUUGGGGCAGUUAUCGCAUAUAGCGUGGUCGCUGGAAUCAUCGGACUGGGGUACGCCUUGAUCGUUGUGCUCUUGCGUCUCAGAAAACGCAGAAUAUCCUCUUCAUAG